CAUUUUUAUUCAUAACAAAGAAAUAAAAAUAAAUAAAAGUAGAGCGUUGCGCCGAAAUUCAUGAGAAACUUAGCUUUAGACGAGCACAGUCGACUUUGAGCAGAUCUUUGAGCAGGUUGUCAGAGGCAAUCAUAAAUCACAAUAGCAUAGAAUAGAGACAGCAUUGUAAACAAUAUAUAAUUCAAUUGCAAUGAACACAGAAAUUGUGUUGAUCUUGCUGCUGGUGGCAGCUCGCGGGGCACAGGUCGAUGGGAGGCAGCAGAUGGCAACAGAGGUGCACGAUGAGAAGUUCUACUACUUUGGCUUUGGCAGCAACAUGCUGGCCAAGCGCAUUCACAUCCAGAACCCCAGCGCUCAGUUUGUGGGGCCCGCCACGCUGGCGGAGCACCGACUGGACUUUGCAACGAUAGCGGACAGCAGAUGGAAUGGCGCUGUGGCUACCAUUGUGCCGACUAGGGAGGCGCUCACCUGGGGCACGCUGUGGGACAUCGAGCUGACCAACUUGGCGGACAUAGACAAUCAGGAGGGCGUCCAUGAGAACCUCUACAGACCCAUCACAGUGCACGUGAAGCUGCAUGGGAAUGGCACAGAGAUCGCUGCGAGAGCUUAUGCGCUGGUGAAGCAGCCCGAGGGCAACGUGCAUGGCUCAGGGCAGUCAGUCGUGCCUGAGGAUCGUAAGCCAUCCAAGACAUAUCUACAGGUGCUCGUCAAGGGUGCCAUUGAGAGCGGAAUUCCGCAGGAGUAUGUCAAUUGGCUGAAACAGAUUAAGCACAAUAACAAAACGGCAGCGGAUAUGGAACGGCUUCUGGAGUUGGAAUCAGUGAAAUUGUAGAAAAUAUUGCAACAAAUCAAUGACAGUUAUAGAAUAUGUUAAUAAAAAGUAUUGGAAUUCGAUAAACAAA